AUGCACUCGGAGGACAGUGUUAGCCAAGUUCUGCCAAGACUGUUAUUUGACGCGAAAGACAACGAUUCGCGCGAGUCUUGUCACCGUGCCCCGACCACCACUUUACGCGUCCCACUUCAGCUUUGCCCCUCCUUCUUCAACAAUCAAUUCGAUCGCCUGCCGUUCUCUUUUGAUCAAGAAGAGGGAAACAAAACAAACACUUUUUGA